AUGUCCAUCCUCGAUCUGAUGCACCGUCUUCCCAUGGAAUGCGGUGCUGCGCUCAACAUUAAGGAUCUUGCACCGGCACCAGCGACCAUUCCAAUCACGCUGCAACCUACCACGAUCCAGCGAACAGUGCCUCACGAUCCAUGGAUCGACAUUAUGCCGUGGCCAGCAGCCAGGGACAGCUUAAUUCUAAACCAGGGUCUUUAUGAUGAAGACGAGUUGUGCACGGACAUGAUGGGUGGGCUCUACGAAGGCUUCGACGAGAUCGAAAGCCGAGGAAUCAUUGUCUGGGGUGAACCAUGGUCGGUUUCUGGAUGGGAAGCGAGCGAGGGGUUCGUGAGAAAGUGGGGCUCACUUCUUUUAAAAGGGUGCACGGAGUUGAUGGAGUCUACUCAAAGGUAUAGAGAGUCUCGUGGUGAGGAGCGAAUUACGAUAGAGGCAGAAGGGUGGCGGUAA